UUCUCUUAUUGGGUGUAUUUUAAUUUCAGGUGUUCAGCUGAACGCCACAGACGCGCAGCUAAAGCUCGAGCUAACGCGGACAGCCUCUUGUUCUCCCCUCACAGCUGGUGGCGAGUUCGGCUCGGCGUCCCUCGGUUGCUCUCACAGUCCGGAGGUUCAGGCUCGCCUGGAGAGCGGGCCCUGCGCUGCCGCCCACUCCCCGCUGGCCGAACGCAACGGCUUCCUGCAGCUGCGUCUCCAAGGAUACCGAGCAAGCCUCCUAAUGUCCACAAUGCGCAACCUGGCGCACUUUCUGGAGGACGACUCUGCGCCGCAGGUGCUGCCCAUGGAGAUCAGGGUCAGGAACACGCAUGUAAACUUAAAGGAUGAUGGCACCCGAGACAAUCCCUCCGACGUUGAGCCCUCUCCGAUCACCUUAAACGUGGACAGUCUCAUCAUACACAGGAGAGACGACGGCUCUUUCUCUAUAGGAGUGGACGGAGCGACGGAGGCCAAACCCAUAAAAGAGGGCGGGUUGAUUGACAGCUCACUGAUUCCGUGCCCUGCGGCUGUGGGAGGCGUCUGCAGCGUAUCAAAGGCUACGCAAACCCAAGCCCCGCCCACCAGCCCUCCUCCAUCAACCAGGGAAAAGAUGCUGGCGGACGAGAACGAGUGUUUGAAGGUGGAGCUGUCGCGAGCCAAGAUGGCGCUGGCCGAGGCUCAGAUGGAAAAGGACUCGCUGGUUCACCGCAUGAAGAACCUCAAAGUCAACAGCAGCUAGGCCCGGCUCUGUCCUCGUUUACCUCGACAGGGAGACCCACGCAGACGAGCGAGAGCGAGGCUCGGCAGAAUAAUUCAAGGCAACAUGAACAAGUCAAGAAAAAGGGAAAGCGGCUCCCUUUACCCGCUUAUUUGUCGAUUGAGCCUCCAUGUGACUUUAGACUUCAAAAUAAUUCCUUCAUAAAGCAAUGCAGAGUCUGUGGGAAGACUCAAAAAUACACAGUUUAACUCGCUUGUUGUCUGUUUAAUGUUCUCCACUUUGGACGGUGGAGGUUCGGAGAGUGGAAACGGGAGGAAUGACAUUUAGUCGGACUGUGUGUGUGUGUGUGUGUGUGUGUGUGUGUGUGUGAGAGUGUGAAAGAAGAAAGAAAAAGGACGAGGAUCUGAAUCUGUGGUUGUCGACAGAAAGUCCCCCCCAAACUUCUGUCGUCUAAGUUAAAACAAAGCAAAAAAAAGAAAUCACAGCUCAUCGUAGACGGGCCUCAUUUAGAUGUGUGUGUGUGUGUGUGUGUGUGUGUGUGUGUGCGUGUGUGUGUGUGUGUUAAUUAACACUGAAUGUCGGAUCUUCAGAGGAAUGUCUCAAAAAAUCAUAUUGCACUGCGCUCAAAUGAAACUCGUGUUUUAGCGCUUUCAUAUUCAGAGGGGACGCGUCGCGCUCUCACUCGUCCUCCGAGCGUGUACAGUGUAUAUUGUGUAAGAAUUUUCUACAGAACUUUGAAUGCAGUGUUUCACUUGAAUGUGUGUCUGUGUAUCAGCCAGAACAAGCAUUUCAUUACAAUUAGAUGAAGAGUUUCUCUCCGUCGGUUCUCGCCCCCUCACUCGUCCGCGUCCCUCCUCCUAUUUUUCUACGUGUAAAUAGCUACGAAACCUUGAGCAGCACUUUUUAAAAAAAACAGAGGCACUGUAAACGCAACAAUCAGAACUGUGAGAGUCGAGCCGACGAACGGAGAGCAGUUCACGAAAACGUCACACGUAGACUGUAAAUAAAGAUGGAGGACAUGACGGCUGUCCAGGAGUGAGGUGCAGAGUGCCUCGAUUCUCCCUCUGGUAUAACUCCUGCCUUCUCCAUGUUAACAGGUGGGACUUGGGCCGAACUAAAACUUCAAAUAUGGUUUCUGUCACGGCUCCACCCCCCACGAUCACUGCUGCGCCGACUCUGGCUAUAAAUGACGUUGAAGGCUCAAGAUGGCGGCGUUCAUAUCUGAGAUAUUUUCUGGGUAGAGGGAGGAGACGCGUUGUUCGUCUUUAUUUACAGUUUGACGUCGCCCAUGUUUUUUCCUUCAGGAAAAAAAGAGGCGUAAAUAAAGGCACAUUCAAGGUGACUGACGUGUGUGUGUUUGUUAAUUCCUAAUAUUAUUAAUGAAUAUGACCGUAUCUGCUGCUGUUCACGCUUCGUGCUGAUGUGACGACUUCAGCCAAAAGUCGAUGUUAAUAUAAAAUUUAAGAAAAUUUUAACUGCACAAAAGAUGACAGGAUAAAAAAACUCUGAAGUAACGUUAACGUUCAGUUCAUCCAUCAGUUUACAAAAGUGUCACAACUUGCGCUUUUAGUCCAUUUUCUGUUUUUAGCCAAUUCUUCUGGUUCACGACUUGUUCUCCGAAAUGCAACCGGAUGUGAAGACUUGUUGGUGGAGAACAGAAAGAUUUUUCUUUUAUUUUCACCUUCAUGUUUCCUGCGUUCAUCACAGCCCUCCUCCUCCCUCUCUGGAAGCCUGUGGAGGAAGAAAAAAGACAAAGAAGUAAUAAAUCGUAUUUUGUCUGUCAAAGCUGCUGAAACACUGAAAAUAAAAGAGAAUCUGAUUUAAA